ACAUGUAAUCUGGCUCAUCCGGUUCCUGCUUCUCUGUCCACAAAGAUGCCCAGUGUUACUUCUCUUCCAGAUGCCUCUGCUAUGUCUUGGAAGAAUGAUCAGGCUGCUGUUGCAGACAUCUUCUACUUCCUGAACAUUUACAGCCAUGGCAAGCUGCCGUCCCACUGUGAACAGCGCUUUCUUCCUUGCGAGAUUGGGUGUGUCAGGUACUCCCUACAGGAUGGCAUAAUGGCUGAUUUCCAUCACUUCAUAGAUCCAGAAGUACCACCUCGUGGUUUUCGGUACCACUGCCAGGCUGCUAGUGAUGCCACUCAUAAGAUCCCUGUAUCUGGAUUUCAUCUUUCACGUACUUGUUACGCAGUUGUCUUACAAGAACUUCUUGAGUUUGCCCAGCCAGCCAGCGGUGUUCGGCCUCACUUUUACUGCAGGUCUAAUGACAGAUUCAGAGUUAACUGGUGUCUCAAUCGAAUGGCUAGCGUAACAGGUAUUGAGAGCCAUCCAGAGCUGCUUGCUGUAGAAGACCUGGUAAUAGAACUGUACCGGAAGAAAUACCAAAAGGAGCCAUCCAAGACUUGGGUGUGUAGAGAACUGGAUGUCUUCCUGUGGGAUUUCUCCAGUAAUACCAGGUGCAAGUGGCAUGAAGAGAAUGAUAUACUCUGCUGUGCUUUGGCGUCCUGUAAGAAAAUUGCUUAUUGCAUCAGUAAAUCUUUAGCUAAUGUGUAUGGAGUCUCACUGACAGCAGCUCACCUGCCUCUUCAAGACUUUGAUUAUGGUGAAAGCACAAGUACCAAGAUGGUGAUACUGGAUGCUGGACGUUUUCAGAAAAUGAAGGCUGAGGGUUCUGGAUGUGACAGACAUUUUGCUUCUCCAAGUCAGGAUCAGGAGUCUGUGCCUUCUAAUUGUGAUUCUCCAUGUGGUGUGAAGACUUCCCUUUAUGGAACAAGUACCAUGCGAGGAAGAGGAAUUACUCGAUUGCUGAAAAAUGGAUCUGAUCUAUCCAAGUCUUUCAGUAAUUGA